GAGGUAUUCGAUUUUGUAAUACACAUAUAACACGUAACUUACGGUCGCUCUUCAUGUACACUUUUUCAAGAAUGUUUAGUUACGCGAACUGAUUAAAGCAUACAUAUAUAAACGGUAGCAGCUGUUUUGUGGGAUUUGAAAUUACUUCAGAUGAAUUGAAUCCUGUGCCGUUGAUUUGCGUGAAAGUGGAUGAAAGACCAAACAGCAUGCUACUGUGAUGAUGCAAACUAUUGGUCAUUGUUCCCCAAAGUUAUAUCUUGCUGUCAACUUGCAAUCAAAUCUUCUUCAUAGAAUUGUGACGAGAUUUACUGUUCUUCGGACACCUCGUUUCUUUGGAUUAUUGCUACCAUCAUCAGGCACUAAAGUGCCCUUCGAACCACUGAACCAGUUCAGUAGAUUCGUGUCUUCCAUCUAUACAAGAACAAUGUCUAACGCUGCAUUUGUCCAUGGGAAUGAUUGGAAAGAAACGACACACUUGAAUCAUGUUAAUGGAACAUCUACGAGCUGUCUCGGCUUAGAAGAUGAAAACCCUGUGCUUAACUUAAAGCAGGUUGUUAUCGUUGGCAAGAUGACGAGAUAUGAAUUUGAGAAACACAGAUUCAAUGGAUGUACUGAAGAUGAGUUCAGACAAGCUGUUGAAUCUCGUGGAUCCGAUUAUGAUUCAUUGUAUGCUCAACAUCUAAAACAUAUUCAAACAUUGUCAUCCAUAAAGGAUGUUCUUUCUGAGCGUGGAAUUGAAUAUAAAGUUUGCACAAGAGGAAAGUCAUAUACUGUAGAUCUGAUCAACUGGGCAGAUGCGAUUAUAACUGCAGGUGGAGAUGGCACGUUUUUAUCAGCGGCAAGUAAAAUUCAUGAUCAAAGUAAACCCGUAAUUGGCAUCAAUACAAAUCCAAACAGAUCAGAAGGUCAUCUUUGUUUACCUACCAAGUAUUCAACUAACUUGGGAAAAGCAUUGGAUAAACUUGCAGCUGGACAGUUCAGAUGGUUAUGGAGAAGAAGAAUAAGAAUAACUAUGACAGGAAUAUCUGAUAAUUUUCGACCAAUUCACAAUGGAGAUAUGUUACGUUCACGAAUGAGUAACACCGCACUUUCUUCAUUAGACGAACCCGAGUAUGUUCAUCGACAUGAUAUUAUAACAGAAGUACCUCAACAAUCAUAUAAUACAUCUGGAAUAAGAUCGCAAGUUCUACCAGUUCUUGCUCUUAACGAAGUUUUUAUCGGUGAAUCACUCGCUGCAGUGCCUUCAUAUUAUGAAUUGAAAAUUGAUGAUCAUUCAUCAGAACAACAGAAAAGUUCUGGUUUAUGUGUUUGUACUGGUACAGGCAGCACAGCUUGGUCAUAUAAUAUAUGUAGGCUGCCAGAAAGUGCAAUCAAACGAGUACUUGAACUGGCUGCACAAAAUGUUUCUUUCAAUGGAUUACCUCACUCGGCUGAUGACAACGGCUCAAAAAACUGUAAGAUACCGGAACUGAGUAACAAGUUAAUUGAACAAGUGACUCACUCGUAUAGCCAGUCAUAUAUCUACGAACCUGAUUCGGACGAUAUGCUUUUUUCUGUUCGUGAUCCAAUGCAAAAUCGUGUUUUUACGUGCAGGCAAUGCAAUGGAUUUGCUAAGAAAUUAAUUAUAAGGUCACGAUGUUGGGAUGCUGCCUUAUGUAUUGAUGGGGAAGUUUCCUUCACAUUCAAUGAUGGUGCAGUAGCAACUCUCGAGAUGUUGCCAUCUGAUGCCUUAAGAACUGUUCAACUUUUAGAAGAUGACACAAAUUCAAAUCCAGAAAACAAACCAGAACAGACAACAAUGACGUGAUACUUAUGCAGAUAGUUUUGAUUCGCAAUUCAUUAUGCAUGUAGUUGGGUGUUUAUUGAGAAAAGUCCUAGGGCGCAGUCAAUCGGAUAAUAUACUAUGCAGUUUGUGCCUGAUGUAAUAAAAGUUGAAAUAAGUGAAAUAGAGUUUUUCUAUUUGAAUCAUUCAAAUGUUAGCAUUUGUCAAAAUAGUUUUAACCUGUAGUCAGAGCAUCAAGACUAAAAAGAAAUGUUUUUAUGAUGAUGUUUAACAUGCCUUUACAGUUGGAUAGGUUUUUUGAUCAAUUGAAACAUACUGUGAGUUUCCAAAAUGAAACGUCAAUCUGUAUUCAGUUAAUGUCAAUAUUGUCUGUCUUGAAAUUUUGAACAUUAUUUUCUUUCAGCAUAAUCAGUAAUUUUUGAAAAUCGAAAACUUGACUAGGCUGGAAUGAGAUGCCUGGAAAUCAAAAGUAAUUGCGUUAUUGAAAACUGAAAAUUGGUCGUAUUUUAAAAUCUAAUCUAGCAAAAUAUUGUUCGAUCUAAAAGUUAGCAACAGUGGUCAAAGCUUACAUUUUCUUAGUUUCAACCAGCCGUCUAUAAUCGACCAAACUGUUUUCACUUGCACUAUUGUUUAUUUCCAUUUUACUACCAUGAAAGAUUGAACGUUUUACAUAAUAUUAAGGUUAGGUUGAUUUAAACUUGGACGAAACAAUGAGGGCUUAACAGGAGUUGUUUGCAGAUUACAUCAUUCUCGUUAUUUGAUUGUUCAUUGAUCAAUGUGUCAUAAUGAAUUUGUGAGUCCUCUGAUAAUUUCAAAAUUUAUUUUAAACUGUCGUUUAUCAGAUCUACAACGCACUGUUCUAUUUCAAAUAAUUCUGUGCUUCGACAUAUUUAACCAGAAAAUUUUUCUAUUUGCUUUUAUUUUUACGAGUGUGAUGAUUCUUUUAUUUUCCAUCAUCUUGUCAAUUUUAUUUUGAUCACAUGUGAUAUCAGAUACCAAUACAUCUUCAACUAAUGAAGAAGAAUUAUGAUGGUUAGUACCGUAACUUCGGGAAUUUGGGAUUAUUUUUGAAGUUCAACUUGAAAUGACUCUACUAUUUAACCCUAAUAACAAGGCUAUUCUACCAUUCUGUAAAUUGACCACGGUACUCCCGUAGUAUGUGUACCAGGUUAGGCUUAGGCCAUAAUUUUAUUCCGAUUUUUCUUAUUUUAGUUCUGUUACAAGUUCGAGGACUGUCUGUGUUAGCCAAGUAAAUAUACCCCCUACCCAUAGGUUUCAGUCCCUUUGCUAAACUUGAUGUAAAGUUAGUUACUUCCAUAUUGUUACACACACUUCUGGAGUGUCGAAAUUAGACCAUAAAUGACUUAUGGAUAUAGUAUGAAAUUUAAGACCAAAGUCAGCUCAUUCCAAGGGUUGUUCAUAACCUCGUUAAGUUUUACACUUUCCCAUUCAUCUCAAAUUUUUUUAAUAAGUUUGGAAAUGAUUGUAAACUCUAUAAGAUUUUAUACAUGUUCAAGUAUUUCCCAUCUCUACAGCUAAGUAAAAAAUGUAUUCAUGCUUUUCGUUGCCAAACUUAGUGUUAUCAUUGAUAAAAAAUGUCAAAUCAUCGAAAUCGGAUUUUAUAGAAUCAUUACAAAUAGUUGUGUAGAACUUCUUGGUUUAUGUUAAAAGUUCUGUGAAAUAUUUGAAUAUCAAUUGCCUGAUUUUUACCAGAAAGCUGUAAGUAAUACUUGACAGUUAUUUUCAAUAAGUCCAUAAGGUAUUUUGUGGCAAAUGAGAUUUUUCUGGAUCUAAUUUUAAUAUUUGAAUAUUUUUUCAUCUCAGGUUACUCAUGACUUGAGUUAUUAUCGACUUCAAUGAAUUUUAGUAUUGCAAAAUAUGUUGUUUUGGUGAUUGAAAUUUUUUAAUGGUGUAAUAUAGUAUUCUCAAAAAAGAUUGUUUAUAUUUAAUUAACCUAAUAAAUGGUUAAUUUGUA